AUGCAGAGACAUCACGAGGAAAUCAUAACGAGGCUCGAAGAAAUCAAGAAGAAACACGAACAAACUCUUAGAGACAGUCUGGAAGUGCAAAAUGAACAAAUAAAUCGCGUGAAAUCACAGUUAGAAAUGAAGAAGAAACAACUUCUUGAUCUGGUAAAAUUCAUGGAGGAGAGUAACGGUAUCAUGUCCGACUACAGCUUCGUUGAGAACCACAAAGAACUGACGGAACUGAUGUCCGACUUGGAUGUUGAUAUGAAGAGAUGUGAACAGCGAAAGAGAUUUAGAAGAGGAAAAAUAAGUGAUAAGCAACUGAAAUGUAUGGUUGGAAAGAUUAUUGAUACAGAUGAGGUCAUUGCCAAUGAAAUAGGAUCUUUCCAGUAUGGACAUAGCACUAUUUUAAUGUUGGAGUCAUUCAAUAUUGAUAACAGGUCCAUCGCUCGCCUCUCCCCGUCAGGAUCUGUUUCUGUUGUCCUUAGAACAGAUCCGCUGUUACCAGGAGGAAUAUGUAGUCAAAGAAGUGGAGGUCUCCUGGUGACAUUGAACGACAACACAACACAGUGGAUGAAUUCAGAUUCAGACAGCAGGCGUUUGGUGAGACACGUUUCCCUCACUGUUUACACUAUCCGAGAAUACGAGUACACUUCUGACGGUAAAACAAAGCUGUUUACUCUACCAGUCAAAAUCACACAGAAUGGACAUCUGUGUUGUUAA